AUGUAUUCCCAAAUCGCUAUUGCAAGGGCUGUAAAGCUUGUUCUUGAGUCUCGCGAGAGCUUCGAAACAGGCCGCCGCCAAACGCGCAAAUCCGGGCAAGGGGCGGUCCAGAAGCCCGUAUCAGUACGUCAGGCGGCAGCGAUCUUUGGCGUGGCCAAGUCCACGGUCCAGAAAGGCAUUGCACGGCGGCACGGAGACAUUGGCCGCAUUGGCCGGCCAAGACUGCUCUCUGACGACGAAGAUGACGCUAUCGCCGCCUAUGUGAUUUGGCUACAGCGAAGUGGCUUCCCAGCGAGUAAGGCGCAUGUCGAGUCCGCCGGCGGCUUUAUCGCUCCUUCAACGCCGCAACCCUGA